GGAAAUUGAUGACGGGGAAGCAUGCGGGCAACACAGUGUAUAAAACUCAAAAACGUGUAGGCAGAAGCUCAGCUACUACUUUGGACGGCUGCUUCCCGCCAGCAAAGACCACGACGGCAGGGGCCAGCUGCUGAGACAUGAAGAGCCUCUUGCUACUGACCACGCUCCUGAUUCCUCUGCACCUGGGCAUGGCCUGGAGCGCCAAGUAUGCGGUGGAUUGCCCGGAACAUUGUGACAAUACUGAGUGCAGAAGCAGCCUGCGUUGCAAGAGGACAGUGCUGGAUGACUGUGGCUGCUGCCAAGUGUGCGCUGCGGGGCCUGGGGAAACCUGCUACCGUACAGUCUCAGGCAUGGACGGUGUCAAGUGUGGUCCGGGACUGAAGUGUCACUUUUACAGCGAGGAAGAUGAUUUCGGUGACGAGUUUGGUGUCUGUAAAGACUGUCCCUACGGCACGUUCGGGAUGGAUUGCAAGGAGACUUGCAAUUGCCAGUCGGGCAUAUGUGACAGGGUGACCGGGAGGUGUCUGGACUUCCCCUUCUUCCAGUAUGCAGCAGCCAAGUCGCCCAGCAGGACCUCUGCCUCCCAAACAGAGCGCGAUGCAGCCUCUGGAGAUGGCAAUGCUGUGAGAGAAGAGAUUGGAGACCGGAACGCUGCCCGGCCCUCUGUAAUGAAAUGGUUAAAUCCGCGCUGAUCCUGGCUGAGAUUUGCCAAGAGGAGGCUCCACUUUAGUGACCAACUUUCAGCCAACAUUCUAAGAACCGUCUAGAACAAAGACUGUGGACAUGUAAUUUAUGGAGAUCAAGUGUGAUUCAGAAAAAAAAAUGUAGGCUAUACACAACCCAUGAGACACAUAUGACUGAACAAUUUAGAUAUUUGUCAAAUAUUUAAAUUCAUGGUUUUGGUGUGUGUGUGUGUGUGUGUGUGUGUGUGUGUGUGUGUGUGUGUGUGUGUCAUCACCAAGGAACUUGAUAUGCAAUUGAGAUGGUCUUACUGUCAAGGAGUAAUCCAAUCAAAGCUGAGGAAACUGUGGGUUUGUUGACUUGCGUGUACGUUCUUAUUGAGAUACAGGCUGAAGAAGAGUUUGGAGUAAGGGACUGUGGAGAUGGUAGCGAAAGUAGGGGCUAUCAUAUUUGGCUCCUCCUUGUAGUAGAUUAAAAGUCAUUAUUUUGUUUUAAUUGUAGGAAAUAAACAAGUCCAGAAAAGCCUUGAAGGAAGUGAGAUAUUGGAAGCUUAUGGGAGUCUAAACAACUACUUUGAUUGGAAAUUCUAUUAUUAUAGCUACAUAUAUCUGAUGGGAGUGGGGGUGGGUAGAGGAGGUGGACAGGGGAAUGAAUACAUAUAUAUAUAUGUUAUAUGUAUUAUAUAUAUUCCCAUCACUUCCCAUCAAUGGUUUAAACACUGUGGGCCUUGAGAAAGAUCUGGGAAGUAGUUUGCCUCCUGAGAAACAGAACAGGAUGAAGAUGAAUAUUUAUGUAUUUUUAUAAACAAAUCUCAUAAUUUAAAUGCUUCUCUAGCACCUAUAUGUCUCACCGUCUUAGAGAAAUUGCCCAAAUGUUAUUUGUUUAAAAUGGGUUCUCAAACACUCCUACAUGGAAAUGUUGUUAUUAACAAUUGCACUAAUAUUAAUAAAAAUGUAGUUACUCUAGGUUUAUAAAAUGUUGGAAAUUUUAAAAACCACUAUAUCUCAAGUGAUAAAUCAGAAUAUAACUUUUUAGACAGUUUGAGAAAGGAAAGUUAGUUUUCAUUGGAAAUGUGUCAGCUUUAAGGCAUAGUUCAUUUUCAUUUUUUAUUCUUUCACACUUGACUGAUGAAUGGAACCGAGGUUCCACCUGAAGGACCUUAGCGCAAGAAGAACUGUUGUACUGGCCGAGGCUGGGGGAUAUUUGCCUGAGUGUUUUAUUUGGACUGAAGAACUUAUUUAAGAAGUAUUUCAUUAUUUACUUAUAUUUUAGUCUCAAACUUUGCCAACAGAGUUGUGAAUGUACUUGUGGGAAGAUCCUUGAAUGUAAGCACAACCGGUUGUUGGGUUUUAUUUCAAAAGGACAGUGUAUUGUUGUUCAAUAAAAAUGGCACAGCUGUUCCGA